AGCAAGAUGUCUCUUUCCAAUCAAACUCAGCUCCACCCCUCCUCCUUCUUGCUGGUGGGAAUCCCAGGACUAGAAACAGUCCACAUCUGGAUUGGCUUUCCCUUUUGUGCCAUGUAUCUGAUUGCUCUCAUAGGAAACUUCACCAUCUUGUUCAUCAUCCAGACUGAGCACAGCCUCCACCAGCCCAUGUUUUACUUUCUAGCAAUACUGGCUACCAUUGACCUGGGACUGUCCACAACCACUAUCCCUAAGAUGCUGGGCAUAUUCUGGUUCGGCCUCAGGGAGAUCACUUUUGAUGACUGCCUUACUCAGAUGUUUUUCAUUCACAUUUUUACUGGCAUGGAAUCAGGAGUCCUUCUUGCCAUGGCUUAUGACCGUUAUGUAGCUAUCUGUAACCCUCUUCGUUAUAACACAAUCCUUACUAACAAAGUAGUAUCUCUUAUUGGUUUUGGGGUGGUUGGGAGAUCUUUUUUCAUUGUACUCCCCUUUGUAUUCCUCAUCUUGAGACUGCCCUUUUGUGAACAUCAUGUCAUCUCCCACACAUACUGUGAGCAUAUGGGUCUUGCCCGUCUGGCCUGUGCAAGUAUCAGAAUCAAUAUUAUAUAUGGUCUGGGGACCAUAGCAAUCCUGGGGCUUGACAUCAUGGCCAUUUCUCUGUCCUAUGUCCAAAUUCUCUGUGCCGUUUUCCAUUUCCCCUCCCAUGAGGCCAGGCUCAAGUCUCUCAGCACCUGUGGCUCCCAUGUCUGUGUAAUUUUGGCUUUUUACACCCCAGCCCUCUUCUCUUUUUUGACACAUCGUUUUGGCCAAAAUGUUCCCCACUACAUCCAUAUCCUUCUGGCCAAUCUGUAUGUAGUGAUUCCACCAAUGCUCAACCCUGUCAUCUAUGGAGUCAGAACCAAGCAGAUUCAUGAAAGGGUGCUCAGAAUAUUUAGCCAGAAGUAA